UUCCCACGAUUCCGUGUAUUCAGAGAGAAGGUCGUUCCCCGUCUGUCAACCAGCUGCGCAUUUUAGCGAAAUCGCGGUAGGCGCAAAGGCGACGGAGUUGGUCAUAACGGUAGGUUUAUGUUGAUUGAAAAAUAAUUAAUUACUUUUUACACAAGAAAGUCUACACGACGCGAUUUUCACUGACUUCAACAUACUUUAUCGAUUCCAAGAAGGCAAUGAAAACUGAUUUUUGACUAUUUACAGCCCUAGACCCGUUCCACUUUGCGCUUGGAACCGAGUCCAUAACACAGAGGUGUGUGGAGACCAACAUAUCUUUCGAAGAUGCAGAGUUCCAGUAACACUGCCCGUGCCAGGAGGGCAGUCCAGCAGCUGAGAAUAGAAGCCAGCAUUGAGAGAAUUAAGGUGUCCAAGGCCUCAGCAGACCUGAUGCACUACUGUGGAGAACAGGGUAAAUACGACCCUCUACUCAUGGGUAUACCAGCCUCUGAAAACCCCUUCAAAGACAAGAAGCCAUGCACUAUAUUAUAGUAUAGCGGAACAGCUGAAUUAUCUUUGCUUUUUAAAUUUUUUAUUAUUUUAUAGGGAGAAAUAUACAACGUUAAUACCGGUACACUAUUUGCCUUAAGGCCAGCCCAGUCCCACUCCCCAUGUUUCCUUGUACUUUAGGUUGAUUUCAAAAUGUUACCUUAGGGCUCUGGUCAAAAGUAGUGCAAUAUAAAGGGAAUAGGGUGCCAUUUGGGACUCAUUCACUCUCUCUUUUAAACUAGUGCCAUUUUGGUAGAAUCAGAAUCAUUGGUCCUCUCUCUCCAUCAGAUACAACAAUUCAUUUGUGACCCAGAAAAAAAGGGGUUAGUAUAGUUCAGUCAGUCAUAAAUAGAUAGUUCAUUAUGAGGCUCCUCUCAACAGAGACUGGUGUUCUUUCAGAUUGUUACCGUAUGUUAUGCAGACUAAAGACCAGCUGGGUUUGAAAUGGGGGUUCCCAACUUUGUCAUGUUAACACUAAAACAGUUCCUUUAAAAUAUACAUCAACUUACUGACAGCAAAUGUAUUUUACAGUACAGCUACUGUAAUCCAUUUCACUGUAAUCCAUUUUACAGUACCACAAAUGUUACUGUAAUCCAAUUUACAGUACAUUACUGGAAUUACCCAUGCAGUAGCAUAUUAUCCAGUGUUCUUUGCGAGUUUUUAUUUUUAGAUUUACAUUUUGGUCAUUUAGCGGGCACCCUUGACCUUAGCAGCUUACAGUCAGUGCAUUCAACCAAGGUUGAUAAAAAAAAACACAUGUCAUAGCAAGUAAAACGUUUCUUUAACCGUAGAUACCAUUUUAUGUCUCUGUGUCCAGUAUGACGGACGUUUAAAGGUAGUUUCGUGAGUCAAUGCUAACUAGCAUCAGCACACUGACUGGAAAUCUAUGGGUAAACUGACAGUGACUACAGAUCAAAGGACAGGGCUAGCUACUCAACCAUUAAUGGUUUUGAGACUUGCUGCCACUCUGAUCUACCCCAUAUAUACAUUUAAUUGUUAGGGAACUACUACCACCUAUCACUUAAAUUGGUACAGCACUCUCACCAAUGGGUGCAACAAAUAUGGCCGCUUACAAGACACUCCUCAAAAUAUAUUAAUGAGUGAGAAACAACAAUACGAUAAACCAGUUAGGGUUCAAAAGGUUUUUGCUCUCCAAAAAUACGGUAUUGGUAAUGUAUUAUAAAUGACUGGUAGCAAUUGGCCAGUCAGGAUUGUAGAAUUCCUAAAAUACAGUAUAUUACCAUAUUCUGUAGGGGUACAGCAUUCUAACUCAUUGGUGCAACAAAUAUAGCCUCUUACAAUUUACGUUAUUUUACUCUGCACUCUACAAUGUUUUACUGUUGAAAUGACAGAAAAGUCUUAGUGUGCUGUAAAACAAAUGCAUGGUAUUUUACUGUGCCUUCUAUGAUAAUCUACUGUAUUCAGUUUAUACAGUAUCAUACUGUUGAUUAAUAUUGUAAGUACAGAUGCAAUUAUAAAAACAUCUAACAUUGCACAUCAGCUAGAGCAUAAAUCAUGUCAAUGGCCCUAAAGCAUUGCAGUUGCACCACACAAGUUUAAACCUUUAAGCUCCUGAUUGCGUCAGUCAGUCCCCACACAGUAGCUUCUUUGGAAAACAAUCAGUCUAGUUUGAAUGCUACUGAUAAGCUUGGAAUAACCCUGUUAUGUAAAUCAGCCAGUCCCAUGACACAGGAGUACACUAACCAGUGCUGAUGGGCUGGUAAACCACUGUAUGUCUUUGUUCCAAAUGGCAUCCUAUUCCCUAUAUAGUGAACUACUUUUGACCAGAGCCCUAUGGGCCCUUGUUAAAAGUAGUGCACUAAAUGGAAAAGUUGGCCAUUUGGGACUGGCCUGUGAAUGUCCCAUUAAAACAAGAGGGGGCAGGCUGGCCAAAAGGUCAUGGCCUCUGUGACAAAUUAACACACUCUCAAAGGGUGCCUGUCAUUCUGUAAGGGAAAGCAUCUAGCUUGCAUCCACAGGGCCUGAAGAAGGUUAAAGGAUGACCACUUCACAAUGUCUAACAAGCAUUGUUUUGUUUCUGCAAAGACAAUGUCAGAGAUCAUUUUCUUUUUUCAGGCGUGGGUAGAGGGUGGGGGGGGUAUCAAUUCAGACUAUCCCACUUCUAUGUAUUUGUUAUGAAACUCAGACUAACCUUUGCCUUAGAAACCAACCUUUGUGACUUUGCAUAGUUGUCUCGCUUGUAUGUGGUACAGUAGAUAGAUAAUGUAGUAACAAUAUGAAGUAUUGCAGACCACGGUACACUAAUAUUAUGUAACCCUUUAAAUGAGUGUAAUAUGCCUUACGUUGAUGUAAAAGAUGUUGGUCCAUAAUGUUAUCGCUACAUAGCUGAAGCAGAGGAGGUAAGAUCCGUCUGUGCCAUCGCAAUGACAUCUAUCCAAUGUACCAGCAUCAGAGGAAACAUACUGUACUAGCCUGAGUGCCAGUCUGUAUGUGCUAUCAUGCAAACUCCUUGUGACUCAUUUUCUUGGCAAACAAUUGUGAAAACUAGGGAAUAAGCAAGAGCACAAACCGAUCUGGUACCAGGCUAGAAAUGUGCAGGUUUUCUGAUUGUAUUUUAUUGCCAGUACUUUUAGUGUUUCAUUCGGAUAAUGUUAAAUUGAUAAAUGUACGACUUCUAUCCUGAAAGGGAUUCCGUGAA